GAUGCAAAUGCUCGCUUCCAAUACCAGUGGCAUAUUGGGUAUGGAGGAUUCGAGGGUGGCGAAAUCGAGUCCUCUCAUGUACUACAAUGACAAUCAUGCAAGAUUAGGCAAUAAUAUUCCGCGACACCAGGUUCUGCAUUCGGCUUCCUCGCCACAAGAGGAUUUGAUGACGUCGCAGAUGUCCUUGUCCAGUGGGGUCAUUUGGAAGAGCCGCCAUGUUUUAACGAACAGUAAUAGUAGUAGAUCCAACUCCAAAUGGCUGACCACAGGUACUUCUGGAGGAUCUCCACCAAUACAACUCGCGCAUCAUUAUACUAGUAUGUCCUCCCCGAGUGCAUGGAUUGCUGCACCCGCAGCAGGAAGUCCGCUUGUAGUUCUAGGUGCAGGCUCCAGUCCCGCUUUUCCGGCAUCCAGUAGUGCUAGCCCAGUGUUCGCUGGGUCCUCUUCAGGUGUAGGAACAAGAAUCGUAGGAACAACUACAGGAUCUACCAGUAGUACUACAGGUCAUCAUCCUCUACUAAAAAUAUCCGCAUCAAGUAGCCCUCCAACCUCAUCGCCGUCUGGGUAUCCAAGACUAGCCGGGUCCUCUGUUCCUACUAAAGUAGUUCACCCUAGUACAGAAGAUCAUUCCCCACAGGGUGAUGUCCCAGAUGGCCAUCUAGAUGAUGUCCCACAUGAAGAUAUCCCACAUGAUGAAAUGGAUCCACUUGAAGCGGAAUUUCUGAAACUGCACCAACAACAGCAAUUACUUCUACAAGGGAGUGAUAGAAGUGUGGCAGAAGAGCAAGAAGAAGUAGUGCAAAGAGGGUGUUAUGAGCAGAAUGAGGAGAGUCGAGAAGUAGUUAGGGAAAACCCACACAAGGGUCCUCCUCAAGAGGAAGAAAGGAGGAGUAAACGGCCACUCUCUCUAGAAGAACAAGCAUAUGCUUACGCUGUAAAGUCGGCACCAAAUCAUUAUGCUGCAACAACAACGAGGACGACCCAGGUCAGAAAUGAUGAAAUCAACUACAUUGACGUCGAAAACCCUGGCGACGAAGAUGAAGAUAGUGAGCCUACAACAUCACUCGUCGAACCAAGUGUCAAGAAAUGGUCUACUCCUACGGAAACUGCGAGACCUCCGAUUCAAAAACCAGCCAAGGCUCCCUCUCCAGAAGAGAGGAUCGAUUUGGGUGAACGUGACACGCAACCUGGUUUUGCCACUAGUACAUCUAACUCUAGUAGUAUUACGGGUACGACUUCUGCUGGCCAACCUCCUUCCGUAGUCCAUCAAGAGACUGUCCCCCGCACCAGCCUUCGCACACCUUCUCUUGUUAGUCGAUCAAGAGUGGUCGUCUCAUCCACUAUCGUGCCUGCAUCAUCGAACGCUUUUGCUCCUAUUAGCACUGGGUGGGUUUCUCCAGCGUCUAUAGCUGCCAACAAUACGACUCCCAUCUAUAGUACUUCUACGAACGUGAAUCCAGUCUACACAACGAGCUAUCACGUUGUUCAGCAGCAGCCGCAGCAGCAAGCACUAAGUACUUGUAGUUCAGGAAUGCCUAUGCCAGCAUCAGCUACGACUACCUACUUUUCUUCAAACGCGGCUAUGAUCAAAACACCGGUAUUGAGGACCAAGAACCCGGCAACUAACAUUUUCCGACCCCCUCAGCGCGAUGGUCCAGCUGCUCUUACAGGUAGUGUCCAAAGCUUGCCACGCCAAAUACGCUAUGCACCCGUAAGGACUCCCAUGUUUGCGCAGCGACAAGCUGCCACUCCUAAUUUUGAAAGAUCCGAGGCACCAUUGUCUGUUACUCAUCCUACUUCCUCAGCAGCAGCAACAGCAUCUUCUACUUCCCAGCACUUACCGGGAACUGUGCCGAUAAUUGGAGUUUCAUCCUCAUCCUCAACAGCACCAAUGGGAACCUUGCCUGUAACAGUUCCUUUCAGUUGUACAUCCACAGCUUCGUCAAAUUUUCCAACCACAACAGCCGCAUCCUCGUUGCCAUUUGCUACACCGCUGUCUUCGCCUCCAGGAGAGCGGAAGCUAACGCCAGUUGUCAGCCGACGACCAGGGGCUUACACGUUGGCGUCAGCGAGUAACCGUGCACCAAGCUUUGGUCGGCCACAGGGAUCACCCUGAAAAAAUUUGAAUAUUACAUUAUCUUAUCUUAUCUACGAGAGCGAUGACGUCGUUCCUCCUGAGAUUUAGCGAAUUCGCUUAUACUAACUUUAAUCAUUUGC